AACAAAUAUGGUGCUAUUCCUUUUCUAUUCUGUUAAAAAUUCUGACAAAUAAAAUUACACACAGAUAAUGACAACCAAAUCCUAAACCAACAUCAAAAUCCGUAAAAUUUCUUCACGCCUACUCUUACAAUGAAAUCACUCUCAGCUGCCUUGAGCAUAAAUUUACUGACCUCAUAAAUUUACAAUGAUUGCAGUAAGCAUAAAUUUACCGACCUCAAGAUUUAGUUUCUUCGGUGAAAUUUUGCCAUUACUCGCGGCCGAGUUUUAGAACCGCUCCUCCGAGACUCUCCGACCGGCCAUUCCCGGCCGUCCGACUUCACCGGAAUGAAAUCUCUGUUCCGAGAGCUCCUCCUCUCGGGGGUCCUGCCACCACACCGGAUCUCCGCCUCCUCAUCCAACGCCUCGACGCCCACUCCCUCAAAAUCAUGUUCAAAAUCCAAUCCCACCUCCUCUCUCACCGCCACGAAGGAGGCGAGGGAGAAGCGGGAGCGGCUGGAGCUGGUGAGGGCAGUUCUGGAAAUAAGCGAAAAAUUAAAGGCUGCUAGAGAGGCGGUGAGGAAUGGACGGCUGAGAUUUGCGGCUGAGCUAGUGAGGGAGCUGAAGAAGGCUCUUAGGGUUUCCGAUCAGGUUGCUGAGAGUGAGCCUGUUGAGGAAGGAGUGGUCAGACUGCUUUGAUGAGAUUCAAGAGGUGCUGAUGAGGUUCAUGGACAAUGCGGUGCGUUUCGAACGCGAAUCUAAUAGAAUUCGAGUCAAGUAUGUACUGAGCAUUGAUGGGAACCAUGGGAUUGAGCUCAAGACAGUGUUACAAGCUUUGGAUAUGGUUGGCAUUUUACACUAUGGACUUGCUAAAGUAGCUGACUUGAUGAUCAAGCAUGUCAUCUCUCCAGCUCUGAAUUCUGGAUCGCCUGUGUCCUUUGUAACAGAAAUAAAUCCAGACUCACAAGCAAUGACUGAGGCGACACUGAAGAUUGUACCAUCAAAUGAUCCUAAGAUUGAAAGAAUGGACGGGGAGACUAUCUAUCCAAGGAUUAUUGAGGUUAUAAGUUUAUUGACAAGUACAUUUGCUUUCAAGAGGGUUCUUGGACUCGAUGCUUUGGAAGAUUGA